AUGAAGGACCGGCUCCAACCUCCGCCUCGCCUUGGACCUCAAGACCCCGUUUUUACGGCAAACGAAGAUUUUGUUCGUCAUUUACCUUCCCCUCCUUACCGAACCGUCACCAGCACAUCCCAGGUUGUCCUCGAGUCUUCUCCUCAGGACACUCCCGCAUACCGUUCGCAGGUUAAUCUCAUGACUGAUAUCGAGAAGAGCCAAACACCUAAUGGGGAUUAUAAUGAAAAGCGGCGUUCUCGCCAAUUAGACGCUGAAAAUAACAAAUCUUCGAACCAAAAACCAACUGUACACUACCCCGACGACAUAAACGAUGAACCAGCACCAAGUUACUUCAAUAGUCCACCGAAACUCGAGUCACGAACGUCCUCUGUAGCUGGAACCGAUGACGAGGAAGAAGAUGGAGAUGACUUUGACUGGAGUGGUGAAGAGGAUUUGGUGGAGCAAGAAGCUAAUUUUGAGAAACAAAUGGGCGUGAAACUCAAGCCAAGGGGAUGGGGUAUCGCAAGGGUCCUCACUGUUCUUUUUUCAUCGCUUAUUGGAUCCACCUUUCUUGCGGGUAUCCUAGUGGCACCUGCCCUCCUCGUACAUUUCUUCUGGUACAAGCCUCACCCAACUAAUCACCGGCGGUAUGUCAAAGACAACGUUGAAGCAUGGCUUUUCUGGGCGGCCGCCAACGUCGUCAUCUCCUGGUACCUAGCUAUGAUCGUGGACAUCAUACCCGUUCUUACGCGUAUCUUCAUUUCAAUCUCCUGGGGUCAUGUGUCCGAAAGAAUUAAAUCACGCAUGGAAUUAUAUGACUCCAUCAAGGAUACCUUCAAACCAUUACUAUACGCUGCAAGUGCCUGGGCAAGCUGGAUCAUCUUGUUUGCGAAUAUAUUCCACUUGUACGAUACCAAUCGUUCACUUAGCAGUCCAGCUGGGUACACUGACCGAGUCGCUGAAGCCAUAGAAUUCUUAUUUUUCCUAUCUCUAGUGAUCUGUGCUCAAAGAAUGUUGUCUCAUGCCAUAGCCUUUGCUUUUCAUCGUACCGCCUUCAAAGAGCGUAUUGAAGAGGUGAAAAAAGCACUUCAUGCUAUCGAGAAGCUUCGCAACUACCGCCCUAAAGCAACGAGUCGCCACCACCACAGGUCGGGUGGCGGUCACAGUCAAAUGUUUUCCUCUUUUGGUUUCCCUUCACCUUUCAGCGAAAAAGAACAUUUCAAUCUCUUAAAUAGUCGAUUACGUGCGGAUAGUCCCGAUGCAUCUCGAGGUCGAGAUGGGGAUGAUGAUGGGGAUGACGAGGGAACUAAGGGAAAGAAGGCAAAAGGAAAACAUAAGAAGCCUACAACAAGGGUAUAUCAUAACCUCAACGAGUCUACAGUUGGAACUCCAAUGUCGGAACUACCCUCUGCCACUCGCACCCCUCCUGCGUUACACUCGCCAAAGGAUAAAGACUCACCACACAAGUAUCCCCCAACGCCAGGUCGGAGAAGAUCAUUUGAUCCACAUGAAGAGUCUGAGGCAGCAUUUAUGCAGGCAGCGAGGGCGAUAAAGACGGCGGUGUUGCACGAUGCAAGAGGUAUCAAGGGUGGGAACGAUGAACUUGGUGGAUUAACUUUUAGCGUAAAUUCGGCACACGAAGCAAAGCGUUUAGCCAAGGCCAUAUACAAGACCUUCAAAGAUCGUAGACGAUCUUAUCUUAUCACUUCUGAUUUCAAUCCUGCUUUUGCUUCACAUGAUGAAGCCAAGGAAGCGUUUCGCGUUUUUGACAAGGACGACAACGGUGAUAUUUCGCGUGCCGAAAUCAAAUCUACUCUGGUUAAGGUGUACAAAGAAAGAAGAUUUCUUUCGCGCAGUAUGCGUGACGUCGGCGUCGCGUUGAAGACGCUCAAUACUAUACUACUAUUAUUUGCGUUUAUCAUCUUGUUCUUCAUAUCCUUGAGUGUUUUUGGUGUCAAUGUUGACCAGUCAUUAACAAGUGUCUACUCACUUGGAAUCGCCGCUAGCUUUAUCUUCAAAAAUUCGGCCAGCAAUGUAUUUGAUGCUAUCAUGUUUUUAUUUGUUACCCAUCCCUUUGAUACGGGCGAUCGGAUUCUCAUUGACACCGACAAUCUUGUUGUGAAGAAAAUGGGUUUAUUUGCGACCGUAUUUACUAGAUCGGAUGGUACAGAGACGUAUUAUUUUAACAGCCUUUUAUUCACAAAAUUCAUUACGAAUAUGCGAAGAAGUGACAAAAUGACCGAAGCGUUGACAAUGCAAAUUGCUUGGCGCACAUCCUUUGAAAAGCUGGAUGCCCUCGAGAAGUAUUUAAACGAGUGGCUAGCAACGGAGGAAAAUCGAUGGUUCCAGCCAACCACCUCGAUUACAUUACAGAAGAUCGAUUUUCAAAGACAUUUAGAAAUCACGAUCACUAUCCCUCAUAACUCGACAUGGCAGGACUGGGGAUUACGAAAUACUCGUAGGACUGCUUUCUAUGCUGCUGUGCAACAUUAUUGUCGACGUCUGGACAUUGUUGCAUACGAGUCGCCUAUUCCUAUUGUCUACGCUGAUAAUGUUACGCAGAAGUACAUGCCCCCAAGUCCAGGCGGGGUGGAACAUGAUGAUGGUGCCCCUGGAGAUGCGUCCAGCAGCGAAGUGUAUGCAGGAGGUGCGGCAAAGAAGAAUAUGCUAGGAUUCAUACCUCCAGAAGACAAGGGUGCAUCUUUGACUCGUGCUCGUAAAAGCAGAAGUCGGAAAGUCGCGCUGCGGGGUGUUGGAGCUGAUGGUGCUGACGGUGGUGCCUAUUGAUCGUAUAGUAUUCAUUUCACCUAUGCAGAAACUGCACACAUGUCGAAGUUGCUAGCAUCAUUUACAGUCCAGACUACUUAUCACUGACAUGGUGGGGACCUUUGGCAUACUGUACUACAACCACCAUAUCAUGUCGUCGUGAAUUAUACUGGUCUUAGAUUACU